AUGCCCUUAAUGAUGGACGAUAGUAUCAAUGUUGACGAUCUAUUUGGCGAGCCCACCUCCCUCGAGCUGGGCCUGCCACCAUCGGCUUCUUCUGCCAGAGGCCUUGCCCAGCGUCUGGAUGAGAUGCGACUUCUUGGCUGUUGCCAGAAGAUUGCAUGGUCCAAACUGGGAUGUAUUGCUUACAUCUCACAAGACUCCUUGAGGGUGAAAGUCCGCCAUCUGCAAUGUCGACCGUCGGAUGGAAAGUGGGUGCUCAGCGAUGAGACCCCUUUGAUGCCAAUCACCGAAGCGCACGGCGGGCAUGCUCUCACUCACCUGAGUUGGAACGAAGCUGGCUCCGAUCUGGCCGUGGUCGAUGUGACUGGACGUGUCUCAGUCUAUCACAUCCCUUUCGCCCUCAACAGUGUUAACGGCCUUCGACAGCCGGCUUUUUCUCCCGACGAUGGGUCUCAAAUUGUUGGCAUGAUGUGGCUGAACACCCAACGAUCUGUGCAUGCAUUUUAUCAAGCAGCCAAAGUACAGGGUCGCUGGGCUUACUCGCCGUUCCGUCGCCGCCCGAUAGGUCCGUUUCACCCUGCAAAUAAAGCGGCACUGCUAUGCAUCACACGUUCUGGAUCAAUGAAGCUCUUGUACCAGAAUCCGGACGGUAGAUGGGAUGACAUAUCUGUGGAUCUGAAGAGCACGAGUUACUCAGAUCGGUUGCUGUCACAUGCUGCUCUAGUAGCAACUCAGAACGGGAUUCUUAUCGCUACUUACUCGAUAUGCCAAAAAAUUCGCUUCUAUCGGGUGCAGGUCAACUGGAACCCGCCUCAAUGGGACCCUGCACAACAGCCAAAGCAGACGCCACCCCAAUUCCCAGUUCCUAGCUUCCGUUUCACGCACUCCAAGGUGGAAACGUCAUGCACAGUGCCUGGGAUGCCUCGGAAUGACGGAGAAGAACCUGACAUGAUGCAGCAGUCGGUCUCAAAUCCUCUUUAUAGCCUCAGUCGCCUGGAUAUAAUCCUCCCGGCCUCCGAUAACGCUGCUGGGACUACAGCAAACCCAUGGAUUGUUGCGGUUUUCUCAACCCCACCCCAAGCUACUCCAGAUCAUCCUGGCCCGCAAGGACCAGCAAGUGUAAUUGUACGAUGGCAAUUGGAUACUGCUGCUUUCACCCUUCACCCCAAGUUUGAUGAAAUGGCCACAAAACGAAACAGUACUCAGAUGAAGCCUAGACCUGUGCUGCGUCGCUUGGAAGACAUCUACUCUGACCGCUAUGUCAUAUCGGUGGACCAAAUCGAGUACGGUAGUGUGGUUGCUAUCACUUACGAUGAUAGCUCCGUGUCUUCCUACGACCCGAAAACCAUGGCAUUGUUCAAUGGUGUUGAUGAUGCGAAUACGGUGACGGGCCUAGCUCAAGCAGGGUUUCACUAUGCCCCAGACGCCUCAGGUUGUCAAGGUCAACACGUCUCUUUCUCACCGAGCGCAUGCGCUGCAGUCAUGCUAGACAACGACGGCCAGACGCACCUCAGGGUUAUGGAGCAUUCUUACGGAGCCGAAAACGGUCUUUACGAUGAAAACAAAUUUUCUGCAGCCAUUGCAUCACUCACAUUAGCCUUCUGCCGCGGAUGUGGAAGUGAAGUCAACACAGACGAUAUCCUCUUAAUUUUAAUACAGCAACUCUCUCAGGAUGCCCAAAUCACGUUCAUCAACGAAGUUUACCGCGCACUGCCCAUCAACUGCAAUUUCACGGUCGAGCAAGAAAAGCUGAUGAACCACCCCUAUAUUCCCAAGUGCCUCAGUAUACAAGCUGCUCUGGGAUUUGCCAAUAAGUACAAACCACGAAGUUUUGCCUCUUCUGUCUCUUGGUCGAUUCUUCAGCUUCGCCACGCCGCCAUUUUAUACCCAUUUUUCUUUCAGUACAACAAAGGGAUUCAGGCAGAGCCACAUGAUCCUGACGUCUUGCGUAUGAUGCUCGGAAACACCAGAUGGGCACUUGACUUUUCUCUCUAUAUACUAAACGAGCUUUUCGACCUCGCCGAUGAAUUCGAAAGUGUUUCGGCCGAUCAGGAAGCCUUCAGCCAAAAAUUGAAAACCACAAACUCACUAGCUCUCAUCAUUCUCCUCUCAAGCAUGUCCCGUGCUUUCUUGCGCUUUAUCUGCCGUGGUCUGCGUGGCAUUCACGCGGGCUAUACGAACGCAUCUCUAGCCGGCGACUCUCGUCUACAGUACGCAGAGAUCUGCCAAGCAUUAGAUGCCACGCCUGCACGAAUCGAUGUAUACGAAAAGUUCCUUUCGGCGGUCGAUUCGGCCGUACGACACGCCUACCAUGGUGCCGGUUUUGGUGACACUGAACGCCCGGGGCCAGAGAAGGAAUUACUAGUCAACGCCCGCAUUCCUCCUGUCCUCGUUGCGGCUGUCUCAACAAUCCUUCGACAAACGGUACCGGGACUCAAGUCCGACGUCGACCGCAUGGCCAUCUACAUGCACGAUUACUCGUGGCUCGGGUUCGGUUCCGACCGACGCUCGGAGUUAUAUCGGCGCACACGAGAAGUGGAUGUCAUCAAGAAAACGCCUAUCCGGAUGACGAUCGCACAAGGCUCGAAUGGACCCCAGCUUGGGAAACAGAACAGUCAGGGAGUCCUUCGACGGCGAUGCGUCCGCUGCUGCGAUGUAUCUGAGGGGACUUAUCCGCCACGCUCUGUCCUUGCGUUCCGCAUGAUAUUCAAGUUGGGCCAUUUACGAUCGUGCAUUUGUGGAGGAAUGUGGACUCUCGAGUCAGGUCUGAACGAAGUGGGGAAGUAGAAAGGGCUUCGACCCUGGCGGUCGUUAGCAGUUGCUUUUUGGGUAGUUAUGUUGAU